CAGAUUUUAUAACGUAAACACACGGAGAAAAAUAUGGCCAAGCAAGUGGAGCAGUCUCUACCAAUCUUGGAUGAGCUUGAGAAACAAGGUACCGACAGCGAGGGAGUGGACAAGGUUUACACAAAAUGGGCAGAAGAAUAUGAUAAGGAUAUGAUUACUCUAAACUACACUCAACCAAGUGUCAGCGCAUCCGAAAUGGAAAAAUGCUUAAAGGACAACAAAGACGCUCUUAUUCUGGAUGUCGCCUGCGGAACCGGUUUAGGGGGUAUAGAGCUGACAAAGCGUGGUUUCUACAACCUCCAUGCCUUCGACAGAUGUAGUAAAAUGCUUGAAAAGGCCAAGCAGAAGAAUAUCUAUAAAAAGGUGAUGUGUAUGAGUCUUGGUCCUAAGGUGCUGGAUAUUCCUGAUGACACAUACGAUGCGGUCAUGAUGACAGGAGCGGUAGCUCCUGGUCAUAUGGAUGGAAGGUGCUUUGCAGAAUUCAUUCGUAUUGUUAAACCAGGUAGGUCACUUUGUCCGUUUUAUGACAUAUUAUAA